AUGGAUCAACGAUACAUCUCGAACAAUCUUCCCGCGCAGAGCUUGGGAUCAGACCCCAAAGAGCUCCUUACCUACGCCCUCGAGCUCGUCGUUCGACACACGCCUCCUCGAGAGGUCUAUCACGACCGUCACCUCGGAGGCCUCUUUACCGGCUACACGGGCCUCGCCUACCUGUUCCUCCAGUUGUCAGAAAUGCACCCAGACCUGCUCAUCUCGGGUCAGGAGUUAAUAUUCUGGGCACGGCAGUAUCUUGCCGGCGAUCGAGGACAUUUGGUCUUGGAGAAGGGUAACUGUGGCAUCUCGUCUGAGAAGUUGUCGUUUGAGGCGGUGCGAGCAUGUGUGACCAGGGAUCCGGGCCACUUGGUCGACUUUCUGGCCAACAUGCCAAGACUUCUCGGUCCAUACUCGAACCCUCAGGACGACCCCUUUCCAUCAGAGAUACCCUAUGGACGAGCCGGUGCCUUGUAUAUGUUGCGGAUGGUCAGACACUGGGUGCCAGGGAGUGCAGGGCUCGUGGAAUCUCCGUUACGGCGGUUGACGGAGAGGAUCAUGGCGACUGAUGACGACGGCCGAGGCAACUGGGAGUGGCAUGGGAAGCGAUACUUUGGUGCUGCCCACGGAGACAUGGGCAUCAUCACCCAGCUCGUCCUCUCCAACCCGUCACUCGCUCCACAGCUCUCGCACCGCCUCGAGAGACUGCUUGAACUUCAGCUUCCAGACGGUAACUGGCCUUCCAGCGCGAGGAACCUGAAAGAGGGCAGAAGUGCAAACCUCGUACAGUGGUGUCAUGGCGCCCCUGGCUUCCUGUACUCGCUCACCUCGCUGCGUCCGUAUUUCCCACACCUCCAGGACCGCAUCGACUCGGCCGUGGAAAAGGGGCAGAGCAUAAUCUGGCGACACGGUCUGCUCACAAAGGAACCGUGCUUGUGCCAUGGCAUUUUUGGCAACGCUUUAGUCCUCCCUCGUGGGCCCAGUCGAGAACACUUCCUCGCUCUGGCGACCGCCGAUGCUGUGGAAAAGGUCCGCCGACACGACCCAAAUCUGUUCGAGAAUGCCUCCUAUGGGCACAAGGCUUCAGUCCUCAUGAAUUACUUACCGAGUGCUGCAUGGACAUGGGCAGUGUGCGAGCAAGAAUGUCCCCGGCUCAUCAUGUACAACGACCUGUAA